AUGCUUUCUGGAAGGAUAGUCAGACUUAUCCUGUAUGAGGUGUUAGAGUUUGCAUGCCUGUGUGUGCCUGUGUUUGUGGUCCUGGAGCGAUUUGCUUCACUUAUAAGCUUUGUGAAAUUCAACAACACUACGGCUUACUGGUUGGUGGUGGCAGCAUCCAUAGCCUAUGUGACCUCUGUGUCCCUUUUUGUCUGGGUGCCACUGAAGUACUUCAUCCUGAAGUCCAGAGGAUUCUUUAAAGAAGUCACUAGCUGGAGACCUGUGACUCUUGCUCAUGCCCUUCUCUGCACGCUACCAUGUUUUGCCAUUCUCAUUGCCAGCUCAAAGGUUCAGUUGGACAAAGGAAUCUUAUAUGACCACUUUAGUGAGCUUCCUGUCUCACUGGUGCUCUUUGCCCUCAUCAGCGUGGACAUUGUAGAAAGAAUUCGUCCAUAUCGCCUGAGAGGGCAAGUAGAUAGUCUGGACUUUGAGGUUCCUGGGCCUGUUCUGACUCACCUGAAGCAGAUGUCCACUGUGUCAUCACAACUGCAGGCUAACAGAGGUGCAAAUGGCUUGGCACUGAGGUCAGAAGUCAUGACCACAUCACCAUCAGGACAUCAGGCAGACAUGGAUGGUAUCUCACCUUCUUCAAGUAUGGCCUACUUGUACUCCUCCCACUCUGACUCAGGCUGUCUUAACUUCAUUUGGGUUCGAGACCCUCGCCAUGAGCUCUUCCCGGAGACUUUUGUGUUCUGGCUGGACACAGUGGAGAUGAUCAGAGUAGCUGGAGUUCAGGAGGUCUACAACUCAAACUGGGUCUUCCCCAUCUACAUCCUAAGCUUUUGCUCCAUUCUGCGAGUGGUUUUAACUCCUAAACAUCCAAUGCUAGCUUCUUUAGGAGUGGUAGCACAGGACCUGCCUUUCUUGGUUUUACGGAUCUGCCUGGUGAAUGCCUUUGGUUAUGUGACUCCGAUACUCUACGUAAUGAAGAAUCUGCUCACAUGUCUGACUUAUGUUUACUUUCACUUCCUGACCAAGCUGAAGGUAUUUGACAGAGGAAGCAUGUUCUGA